CACGUACUAUAUUUGACCUCUAUAACUAGCCAAGUAUACAAACUUAUUAUUUACAGAUAAUUAUAACUAUAAAUAUUUCAAAACUGUAGAAAACUUCCUAGUAUAAAUUGGCGACAUGGGGAGUAAACACUGUUUUCUUAUUUUUACCUGUUAUGUUAUGUUCUGUGGAUAUGUGGCAGUUGUGAGAGCAGUAUCGAUUGAUUGUACCUUUGAUGAAGGUUUUUGUAGCUGGAAACAAGCUGUAAAUAAUGCCUUUAAUUGGACUUGGGGGCAAGGAUGGAACACAUUAACAAAAAAUAAAAAUACAGACCCAGAUUCUGAUCAUACCCCAGGAGCUGGCGGUUACAUUUACAUUAAGUCAAGCAACAAAAUGGCAAGAAAGAGAGUAAGACUUGUGACUCCAGAGAACAAUGCUGGAACAUAUUGUUUGACUUUCUGGUAUUUUAUUAACGGUCGUGAUACUGACGUCUUCCAAAUAGCAGUAAAAGUCGAUGGCAAGAACAGGUUAAAUCCAAGAUUUAGAAUGACAAAUAAGACAGAAGAAAAGUGGAUUUUUCUUUCAAGAGUGUUUACAGCUUCAGCAACAUUCAGGAUUUUUCUAGACGCAUUUAUUAAAAAUGAUACUCACCAUGAAUAUGGCUACAUAGCAGUUGACGAUGUCAAGAUGUGGCAGAACAAAUGUCCUAAAUAUUGUGACGACCCCACUCCAGCAUUCAGUACAACAAUUGUACGAGAUAUUUGGAUAGGGUCAAUUGUAUUCAUAACCUGUAUAAAAGGGUAUGAAAUAAAUGGAAGCUUCGCUAUUGCUUGUCAAGAAAAUGGAACAUGGAGUGACAGACCAACAUGUCGGCCUGUAGACUGUGGUAUUCCGUCAUUAGAAAAUGGUGCGUUAGAUAAAGCUUCGGGAAAUACUACAUUCAAUACAACAAGAAUAUUAUCAUGUUCUAGAGGUUUUACUAUGAUAGGAAAUAGAUCCGUGACAUGCAUGGCAGACAGUAAAUGGUCCAGUUUGCCUAGUUGCGUCAUAAAAAAAUCUACACCUAGUACUUUAAUUGCUAUUGCUGUCACAGUACCGUUGCUGGUUAUUGGUAUUUUUGUUGUCACAAUAAUUGCUGUAUGUAGGAAAAGAAAGGCGUGUUGUACGACCAAAACCGACGACGAAGAUGAUCAUAAACCCGAUAUUGACCAAUCAGUACACUUCAAAAAUGGCACAGAUAACCUAUGUGAUAUAAAUAUAAAUUCAUCUAUAGCAGAUAAACCACUUCAACAAGACACUGAAUAUGCAGUUAUAACAAAACAGAGUUCAUCUGAAAUGAAAGAGGUUGUUUAUGUUAACACCUUAGAAGAUGAUUUCAGGAAUGAUGUACAACAUGAAUAUGACCAUACAAAUAAAUUCUUUGGCCCGGUUUUAGACAAUACUUAUUCUCACAUACAAGACAAUAAUAAUUACAAGGAAUCAUAUUCUUAUUCAAAUGCUGCAAUGAGUGAAACAGCUGAGAUUGAUGAAUAUAACCAUACUAAAAUUAGCAGGCCAAUGGAAUCAAAGCAAACUAAUGCUGAAUUAAACGAAGAACCAGACCAGGAAUCAAAUUAUGAUCACGCUAAAGCGGGUGGUUGUGAUCCCUAUAUUCCAGAUCUUGAUGAAUAUUCCCACCUAAAUUUGACAACCACAGGCCAUUAAGGUCUGGCAAAAGUUGAUCAUUGCAUACUAGAUAAGUAAGAUAAUUUAUAUGAUACAGAAGACGGUCUACUUGACACUAUUUUGUUUUGAAAGCAGAAGUUUCCUAAAAGCAAACAACACAGUUAUUUUAUUUUUGAAAAGAAAUAAGUGUAAAUGAGAAUAAAACCGUCCACUAAAUUGUUGACUUAAAACUUAUGUACGUAAUAUUUUACUUACCUUAUUUAAAAAAUAAAUUCAAAAAGGUACAAUUUGAAUUAAAUAGACAUCGUUUAUGUGAUAUCUGCAUGUCACGUUGUAGAUACGAAAUAUAAAGGAAGUAAGGAGAUCUAGGUCGAAAAAUAAUCAUACUUUUCCUUAUUAUUGAGUUCAAAAUUUAAAUUAUUCAGAACAAUCACGAUCAUUGGUUUUAAUACGAAAAGACGAGCAAGUUGAAAACUAAAUAUAAAUUCUAGCCAUAGUCAAAGAUUGAUCAUUUUGAGGUGUACGUGCUAAACAUUCCACGUUGGGAACGAUUACCGUGCGAACCGGAAAAUACCUACAUUUAAUUUGUCUAAUUUGCUUAAUUGUAUCUAACCUUUUUUUCUUUUCACUACCCUCCAUACAUCUUUACAUUUUGCUUUAUAAAAUAAAUGGUUAAUUUAUCAAUAACGGUGUUCCGUAAGAGCCAGCGCGUGUCUCUUUGAACGAAAAGCGCAAAACAUGACAGUAUGACAAUAUGACAGUACGAUGGUGACGUUACGACAGUACGAUGGUGACACUACGACAGCACGACGGACUGUAAUGUCUCCAUUGUACUGUCGGACUGUCACGUAGUGUCAUCAUCGUACUUUCGCCUUCCUGUUUUGCAUGCGCAUAAUAAAAGAAAAACACGGAAGAAAGCGUUGACAAUGUCGUAAAGUCUCAUUUUAACAAUGGCUAACAUACACGUUAAUUCUUGUACUGAUGAGUGUUGUUUGAAAUUGAAGUUGAAGAAAAUACUAUAUUUUACAAAUAAAUCAAAAACAAAAUAUCUAGACUAGGCCUAUCUGUUGGAAGACACAGGCGUUCAUUUUUAUCAUUAAGUUCUAUUUAUGUAGAUAGAUUUUGAUUCUGUUAUCUUUCGAUUUUCUUAAUAGGUGAUCUUUGAUAGAGUAAAGAUUAUUUUAAUAAAACACCGGCAUAAGCUCUUAGUUUUGCUAGCCAUGUUCAGUGAAAUGUUUGCGCAUGCUCGACAGGAAGGCGACAGUAUUAUGGUGACAAUACGACAGUGCGAUGGUGACAGUAUGACAAUACGAUGAUGACAGUACGAUGGUGACAAUACGACAGUACGAUGGUGACAGUACGACAAUUUAUGGUAACAGUACGGCUGUACGAUGGUGACAGUACGAUGGUGACAGUAUGAUGGUGACAGUACGACAGUACUGUGGUAAAAGUACGACAGUACGAUGGUGACAGUACAAUUGUGACAAUACGGCAGUACGAUGGUGACAAUACGGCAGUAUGAUGGUUACAGUACGAUGGUGACAGUACGGCAGUACGAUGGUGACAAUACAGCAGUAUGAUAGUGACAGUACGACAUGCGAUGGUAACAGUACGGCAGUACGAUGGUGACAGUACAAUUGUGACAAUACGGCAGUACAAUUGUGACAAUACGGCACUACGAUGGUGACAAUACGGCAGUACGAUGGUGACAAUACGGCAGUACGAUUGUAACAGUACGGCAGUACGAUGGUGACAGUACGACAGUACGAUGGUGACUGUACGGCAGUACAAUGGUAACAGUACGACAGUUCGAUGGUUACAGUACGACAGUACGAUAAUGACAGUACGGCAGUUCAAUGGUGACAAUACAGCAGUACAAUGGUGUCAUCGUACUGUCACCAUCGUACUAUUGUACUGUCACCAUCGUACUAUCGUACUGUCACCAAAGUAGUGUCAUGUUGUGUUUCGCUCUUUCCGUUUUCAGUGAAAACGCACUGGCCCUAACUGAAUAUCGUAAUCAAUUGUCGAGAACGAGACUGGAAUAUUAUGCAAAACCUUAAAAAGUAUGAUAAAUGAGAUAAAAAACAAGCAGCUUCCUUUCACUUUUUAUAAGGAAUAAAGCUUUUGAUUUCUUUUAUAUAUUUGAAAUUUAAAUUGAAAAUGUUUGCAUGAAUACACGAUCAUUCUCUAUCUAUCGUUCGAUCUGGUGACUGAUUUAAUACAGUCCACGUGAAGCAUGUAAUUAAUUAAACUUGAAAGUGAUGUAUAACUUUACAUACACAUCUAUUUCUUCUACCUCCUUUCUUUAUUGAAGAAGAUUAAAAUAAUCAUGAACGUGAUAAACGUUACAUAUCUUGAAAUUAAAUAUUUAUUUUACGGAAAUCUUCGUGAACCCCUCGCACAACGAAAACUGUGAGGCGGUACACUGGUCAAAGUUUGUCCGUCAGUCCGGCCGUCUGACAUUCUGAGUGCGUUCUUCUACAAAACCGAUCAAGCAUUUAAAUAGAAAUAAUUGUCACUUGCUUGUGACGUUUUAAAUUUGAUUUUGACUCCUCGUUGACAUUAAACUUUAAGGUUUUUACCUUGAAAUUUGGCUGAGGUUGGCUAUGAUUGGCUAUAGUAUCAUCAUUAAUUGAUAUACUCGUAUCUUAUUCGUACUUGAAUAUAAAAAAUAAUUUAGAAAAUACCUAGCGCAGAUAUAUAUCCUUUCACGUUUGUCUGGAUAUCUGUCCGUCUGUCCGACCUUACUUUUGGAUACUUAUGUGGCUAGAAAACUGUGAUGUCAUUCAUUUCAUAAAGCUUUAAGUUAAUUUUGGUAAUUAAAAUCAAUAUUGAAAUGUAAAAUAACAGUAAAAAUACAAAAUGCACUGAUCAUAUAAAGUGAAAUAAUAAAGACGAAACUCCAUCACGAAAAAGAAUU